AAUACGUCCAAAUGCCGCCUAAAAGUCGGUCUCACCCCCGCGCAGCCGCAGCCAAGGCGACUGUGGUUCCAGCCACAUACCCGGGGAAGAAGGAUGGCGGGAUGGAAGAAGCACAGUGGACCGCGUGCAGGGACAUUCUCGACAAUGUCUACAAGGCCAAGGACGGAAGCCGCCGGAUGUGUGACAUCUUUCGGGAGCUCCCUGACGAGGACGAGUAUGCCGACUACUACGAAACCAUCCCCGAGCCAGAGUGCCUGGAUCAAAUAGCUACGCGUCUUGGGCAGCAGACUUUUGCGUCACCAGAGCUCUUCUUCAAGCAGCUGCAGCUCGUCUUCCUUAACGCAAAGCACUAUAAUGAGGAGAACUCGAUGGUCUAUAACGAUGCCGAAAAGCUGGAGGGGCAAGUCAAGGAGGCGUGGCGCGCCCGUGCGGCCGAGGGAAUAUUCGCAUCUGCAGACCCAACGCACAAGGCGGCACGGGGCCGCAAGCCGAAGGGCGAGCGCACGUCGGCGACCCCUACUCCGACUACGCCUGCAGCGGCGCCACCCGUGAUCCACCUCCGAGUCCCUCGCCCCGAAGCUGCUGCUGCUGCGCCGGCAGCUGCGCCCAAGGCCGCUGAGCCAGCCAAGCCUACACCGACUCGCGAGACCCGUGGAGCAAGGGCGUCGUUGAGUGGCCAGGGCAAGCCGGCCGAGCCGGCGAAGCCUGCCGUCCCCCAGAACACCUCGACGCUGUCCGACGCCGACACCCGUAUCGUCGCCGUGGUCGACGCGAAGCUGCCCCUGUGGGAGGGCCCCAAGGCUGUCCUGCCCGGUGACCCGGCACCUGGAGGCCUCCUCGGCAGCGGAUGGUGGGGCGAAGCUGCGCCAGAGUAUGAGCGCAAGGCCCUCGCCACUACCAGCUACAAGCAGCGCAUCCGUUCCGUCGCCGAAGCGAUCGCGGGAUAUGUUGACCCAAGCCGCAAGGUACUCUCCGAGGUGUUCAGCAGGCUCCCAGCGGUCACCGAGAUCCCCUUCCUGCCUUCGUCGUCACACCUGUCGUUUAGCGCUAUUCUGUCUGCAGCGCAAGGUGGACAGUACACCACGCUGCGCGACUUUGACAACGACAUGGUUCGGCUGUUCGAGAAGGCUCGGCGCUGGUUCAAGCCGGGCUCGAACGACUACGGCGCGGCCCUCACCCUCCAGCGCCUUUACAAUGCGCUCACCGCCCCGUACCCGCUCGAGCUCAAGAACGAUGCGGUGCCCGGUCCUAACGCGACCCGAUUCGCGUCUCUGCCCUACGGCCCCGGGAGUGGUGCCGCUGCGGGAGAAGCUGGGUACGCUGUGACUACCACCCGUAUCCCGAAGCGGGACCGGCAGUUUACCGAGGAAGCUCGUCACAAGGGCGUGUCGUACCGUGUUGGUGACUACGUCCACUUGAUCAACCCCGACAGCGGCGCGCGACCCAUUGUUGGCCAGAUCUUCAAGACGUUCGUGCCUACCGUGGGCCUGGCCACACACCACGUGACGGUCUGCUGGUAUUCGCGUCCAGAGGAGACUGUGCAUCCUGCCGAGCAGUCAUUUUACGAGAACGAGGUGUUCAAGACGGGCAACUUCUGCGACCACCCUGUGGCAGACAUUAUUGAAAAGAUUGCGGUUCAGCCAGCAGACAGCGCUGUUCGUGGACGGCCUAAUCCCCCGGCCUUCUUCCCCGGCUGGCCUCGUUACGUCUGCCGUGCUCGCUACAUUGACAAGGCUAGCCUUUUCAUCCCGAUCAAGAACUGGCGGGUCAUCAUCCCAGAGGAGAUUCGGUCAUCCAACCCUACGACUGUUGUUCCAUUCGAGCGCCCCAUCACCCUCACCAAAGUCAAGUCACCGUACUUGAUGGGUGUGCACGGCACGGGAUCUCUCGGUCGCCCCAAGCGCCAGCCAACACCUGCCGACGACGAGGAGGAAGAGGCUGCUACGGCUUACGGUCUGCCGACGGCGGCCUCGCGACGUGCUGCCGAGGCCCAGCAGCAAGCUCGCCAGCAUCAGGUCGCGCCUGUGACACCAGCCCAGGGUGGCUACCCGUCGCAAGCGGCUGGUCCAUCUCGUGCACAGCAGGUUCAGCAGCGAGGCGCACCGGCCUACCCGAGCCCUGGGGCUGCCGCGGCGGCGGCACAGGCUGGCGCCAACCGGGCUGUGGCUCAGCCUGGCCAACCAGGACAGCAGUGGCAGCAGCGCCCGCCCACUGCAUCUCAAGCGCCUUCGCGGCCGGCCUACGUCCACACGCUUGCGCUGGCCAUGGGUGGGCCGCAAGUGUUGGAUCAGGUGGCUCUGAAGGAGUACCUGCCCGCCGACACCGCCCGUCUGUUUGAGCAGGACGCACGGAACGCGGUGCUGUGGUUCUCUGGCAUGCCGCUACCGCAGGGUGCAAUUGAGGUGCCGGCGGCCGCGCCACACUCUCUCGAAUAUCUCUCGUUCUUGGCCAAGCGCAAGCGAGGCGCUUCUACCACCGAGGCGCGCCCGAACAAGCGGUUCAACACCGACGCUGGACUGCUGGAGCCUGACGCGGAUGCCGAGGGAAGUGAGGCCGAGGCCGACGAGGAUGGCGACCUGACACGCUUCUGGUGGGCCAAGGGGCAGACGCCAGAGCAAGUGCUCGCGGGCCUGCGGGAGGUUGUGCAGGGCAAGACGGCGUAGACGAGGCAGUGGCGACGACGGCAGCGGCUUAGAGCUGCUUGAUAAAUAAUGC